AAUUGGAAGUUUGUUUACAGAUAUUUUUUCCUGGAUAGCUACUGAAUUCUAUUGUAAGGUUAUUGUUCAUUGGGUUAAGCUUAUCUUUCCUACCUUCCUCUGUCCAAAAACCAUACUUCCAGGAUUUUUCACACAGACCAAUUGUGCCAACUUGAACACAAAUCCAUGGCUUCUACUUCAACAACCUCAAUACCCUUGCAAGGAAAUGCUCGAAAAGCGGGUUUCUCAUCAUCACUAGCAAAAAGUGCACUCCAAAAGACGCUUAGAUUUUCAUUUUCAUCAAGGUCAAGUAAAGUUAUAUGCGUUAAAUCUUCUGGCAGUACUGUGAAGUAUGAUGAAGUGGUCGUUGAUGAAGAGAUGGACAAGAUUAGGAGACUCCAAAACGGGUCCGACGUUCGAGGGGUUGCAUUGGAAGGUGAAAAGGGUCGAACCGUGGACCUUACUCCUCCAGCCGUGGAAGCAAUUGCGGAGAGUUUUGGGGAGUGGGUUAUUAAGGCCUUGGAAAAGGAACGAGCAAGUCCAGUGGAAGAUGUUAGAGUAUCACUUGGUAAAGACCCUCGAAUAUCAGGAGCUUUUCUGAGUGUAGCAGUAUUUGCAGGCCUUGCUCGAGCUGGUUGCUUGGUAUUUGACAUGGGCCUUGCUACGACACCAGCUUGUUUUAUGAGCACAUUGCUGCCACCAUUUGCCUACGAUGCUUCAAUAAUGAUGACUGCUUCUCACUUGCCCUAUACCCGGAACGGUCUGAAAUUCUUCACUAAGAAAGGAGGGCUAACCUCGCCAGAGGUCGAAGAGAUUUGUGACAAAGCUGCCCGCAAGUACGCGAACAGGCUCACAAAAGUAUCGACCAUGCUUAACUCUCCUCCCAAAAAGGUUGACUUUAUGAGUGCUUACGCGAAGCACCUCCGGGACAUUAUCAAGGAGAGAGUGAACCAUCCUGUUCACUAUGACACUCCACUCAAGGGGUUUCAGAUAAUUGUAAAUGCUGGAAAUGGAUCAGGAGGUUUCUUCACAUGGGAUGUGUUAGAAAAACUUGGAGCAGAUACCUUUGGUUCUCUCCACCUGAAUCCAGAUGGGAUGUUCCCGAAUCACAUCCCCAAUCCUGAAGAUAAAACUGCCAUGGCAUUAACAAAAGCUGCCGUGCUUGAAAACUCUGCCGAUCUCGGGAUUGUUUUUGACACUGAUGUAGACCGCAGUGGUGUAGUCGACAACAAAGGCAAUCCCAUCAAUGGUGACAAGCUAAUAGCCCUUAUGUCUGCCAUUGUUUUGAAGGAACAUCCUAGUACCACCAUUAUUACUGAUGCUCGUACAAGCAUGGCACUGACAAGAUUUAUCACUAAUAGAGGAGGACACCAUUGCUUGUAUCGUGUCGGUUACCGGAAUGUUAUCGAUAAGGGCGUUCACCUGAACGAGGAUGGCAUUGAAACACAUCUCAUGAUGGAAACUUCAGGACACGGUGCACUCAAAGAGAAUUAUUUCCUGGACGAUGGGGCUUUUAUGGUAGUGAAAAUCAUCAUUGAAAUGGUACGCAUGAAGCUUGCUGGAUCAGAUGAAGGAAUAGGUAGUCUAAUAAAAGAUCUUGAAGAACCAUUGGAGUCUAUCGAGCUUAGGAUGAAUAUCAUCUCUGAGCCUAAAUAUGCAAAGGCAAGAGGUACAGAGGCGAUUGAAGCAUUCCGAUCUUACGUUGAGGAAGGUCAGCUUGAAGGAUGGGAAUUAGAUUCCUGUGGAGACUGCUGGGUAAGCGAAGGCUGCCUUGUGGACACAAACGACAGUCCAGCUGCCAUUGAUGCUCACAUGUACAGGGCAAAAGUUUCAAAUGAAAAAAAUGAAGAACUUGGUUGGGUGCACAUAAGGCAGAGUAUCCACAACCCAAACAUCGCUGUAAAUAUGCAAUCUUCAGUGACUGGAGGUUGUCAAUUAAUGACAAGAGUUCUUAGAGACAAGUUUCUCUUGGCAAGUGGAAUGGACGAAAUCCUCGACAUUUCACAGGUUGACAAGUAUGCAAGAACUGCAAAUAUGGGCUAAGAUGCAGUUUGCUUUCAGAAUUAAUAAUUAGAUUGAAUUCAGUUUCAUAAAUAUACAUUUUCUAUUUGAAUAUGGAACAUGGCAAAAGGACCAUAACGAUAUAUUGUGUGACAUAUACAGGGGUUGUAUUAUAAUGUACAGUAAAGACCAUGGCCCAUGCAUAUUACAAUAUUGUAUAAUUAUUAUUUAAAAAUAACUAUAGAAAUGUUC